GCUUCGAGGCUUCUUGCAAACUUGAUUGUGGUGGGCUCUGGUAUUAUGGCUAGAGCUUUGGUUCAAGCAUAUCGUCAAGCACUUGCGAAUGCCUCAAGAAAUGGAGUUACUGCAGAAGCAGUACAAAACGUAAGAAGAGCGAGCAAAAUUAUGGCUGAACCAGAGGCCAGGCAGAUUUUAGGCGUCACCGAGCAUUCAUCAUGGGAAGAGAUCUUGCAGAAGUACGAUAGCUUGUUCGAGCGGAAUGCCAAGACUGGGAGUUUUUACCUCCAAUCAAAGGUUCAUAGAGCCAAAGAAUGUUUAGAAGUGGCUUACCAAAAGCAAGCUUAGUGUAUCGACUUAUAAUUGGCGGGCCUUAACCUUUUUGCAGACUCUUAAUAGUCAUUCAUGCACAAAUUCUGCUACAUGUCCACAGAAGUCAUUCUAUUAGAGCAAUUAAAACCCCUGCCCAAUCUUCUUUUUCAUGUGUAGUGUAACGAUUGAAUCUGGCAUUUCUUUGCAUCUCAUCAAUGAAAAAUCUCAAACUAUUUAUUUUUUUUUGA